CCAUGUAUUUAAACCUUUUAAGUACUCUUUUCAUUGCUCCUUCAUAGAGUGUAAAUCAAGUCUCCUUUCAUCCACCAACAUCUCUUCAUCAUUUUCUUCCAUCUAGACAAAUUCAAUGAAGAAGAUCAAUCUCAUACUCGGGAAAUGCAAGAGCUUGUCGAUGCAACUAGGGAGGUCGUCCUCGUACAACAGCUUGAGAUCGAGAUCAGCUCGGGAAGAUCGUCGCCGUCGUCGUGUUUGGGAUCAUAUAAGAAGAGGGGGAGGAAAAAACAAUGUUGAGAACGAUGAUGGCGGUGACGAUGAACAUCAAGAAUGCGAAACGAUUUAUGUCGGGAGUACAAGGAAACAAUACGUGCUUAGUUCGAAGUACCUUAAACAUCCGUUGUUGAAUGCUUUGAUAGAGAAGCACGGAAGGGAUGACCACAUGGUGGUGGUUAAAUGUGAGGUAGUUUUGUUUGAUCAUCUUUUGUGGUUGCUUGAGAAUUCUGAUCCAAAUCUCAUACUGGAUUCCUUGGAGGAAUUGACUGACCUCUAUGUGUUUUGAAUAUAUAUAUGUAUGUGUGUGUGUGUGUUCCUUUUAUUAACA